AUGCCACGCGGCAUUCCAAAUGCACGAAAGGAAGAGAAUGGCCUUCGAUACACGACAUUUCAGGUUCCUCUAGUACCAAAUCCCAAGCACGUUAGCUCGACUUACCUCAAGUCGGAAAGUCAGACUGUUUGGUACAGAAACAGUCAGGCAAAGGGGAAGGGCCCAGCAGCUGAAGACACACAUGGGGAUGGCAGGCGCGGUUCGCAGGUUAUCGUGAUUCACCCGGGCUCGCGGUUCAUUCGAAUCGGGCGGGCGUCAGACGUCUCACCGGUAAGCAUCCCAGCUGCUGUGGGACGCAAGUACAAGAACUCUGCGCCGCAACCUGAGAGGAAGAAUUGCAUCAUCCGACCUGGCUCGUCCAAAGACAAGUUCCCUGCCAUCCCUCUGCCACAGAAUGGGGACGAAUACGACGUUACACCGGCUUCUAACGACUCGUUCGAUACCAAGCUGGCUAUUAUCACUGUAUCGCUGAGGGACAGGAUGCGGUUCUACAAGUUGCGCGUUACGCCCAAUGCGGUUACCAUUGCUUCCACCUUCAAUGAGCAGUUCAAGCCUGAAAUCAUAACAUCCGAUCCGAACAGCAUUGAAUGGAUUGAUGAAUCGUGUCAGGAUGAGGUUGCGUUGCGAAUAGGAAACCCAGAAGCUUUCAACUACAGCAUUCGAUGGCCAUUCCAUGCGUCAACGUUUAAUUUAAGAGAUUACGACUCACUUCAGAUGUUGCUCAACGAUGUGGAGGCGUUGAUUGAUCAUGGAAUGCAAGAAAAACUCAACAUUCCGCGGUCAGAGUACAAGAAUUACUCUGUGGUGUUGGUGAUUCCCGAUUUCUACGACAAGGCGUAUGUACGGGACCUCGUUACCGUACUCAUCAAGGUCAUGGGGUUUAAGCAAAUCUGCGCACAACAGGUCUCCCUUGCGGCUACCUACGGAGCUGGAAUUUCGAACGCGUGCGUGGUGGACAUCGGCUCGAAGAUCACCACUAUCGCAUGCGUGGACGAGGGUCUGGUGCUUCCUGACACCAGGUUAUCACUCAAUAUGGGUGGAGAUGAUGUUACGGAAUUUCUGCACGUCCUGCUUCAGCGCAUCCAGUUCCCUUACAGAACGCUUGAUUUGAAUCGUUCUUACGAUUGGGCGGUCUUAGAAGACCUCAAAGGUCGGCUAUGCACCCUCAUGGAGAGCGAUGUCGCGUUGAAUCUUUACGACUUUAUCGUGCGGAGACCAGGCGCACCAACCGAGAAAUAUGGUCUAAGAGCAUACGACGAGAUCAUCUUGGCUCCUAUGUGCCUUUUUGAACCUCGGGUGAUCGAUUUCGAUGGCAAGUGUCAGGGAAUUAAGCCUCUGUCGGUGAACGUGACAGAAGAUAUCAUUUCGCACCCGACAGACAAUGUGACGAAAGCGAUGGUCAUUUCCACGCAGCAUUUGAUGCCAUUAGCAGAGGCUGACCCGACCCCUCCACCUCCGCCGCCACCUGCAUCUACAUCUGCACCAGCCAAUGCCAAUGCCAAGCAAGAAUCGUCGGAUCCCCAGGCAAUGUCGGUUGACCAGCCGGAGGCAGUAUCUUCUAAACCACCUGCGGGGAAUGGAACUACCGAAGCACCGAUUGAAAUCAUCGAUGUCGAUGACGACACCAAACCUCCUGUGCCGGAUGUACCCCCACCUGCGAAGGUGCAGGUCACCGAGGCCCCAAUGAAAGAAAUUGACAUUCUGUUCGAGGCAAGCAAGCUGCCGUUGGAUGUUGCCAUUUUCAAUAGCGCACGAGCCGCUGGAGGGGACGAUAAGAUUCGAAAGUAUCUUCAGGCCGUGCUGGUCAUUGGAGGCACUGCUCUGAUUCCUGGGAUGGCGCAUGCUCUCGAGAGCAGGUUACAGGCAAUCGCUACCCCAUUGGUACCCAACAUGGAGAAGGUACAGAUCAUUCCUCCACCGAAGGAAGUCGAUCCGAGGGUGCUCGCAUGGAAAGGCGCGACUGUACUCGCGAAAAUGGAGAGUGUCUCCGAGUUGUGGGUGACGCCUUCUGACUGGGAUCUGUUUGGGAUGCGUGCUCUGAAGGAACGAUGUUUUUAUUUGUAG